AUGAGCCCCAAGAAGCUAAUGAAGAUGGCGAGGAAGUGUGAAAAUCUAGCCACUUCAGGGCGGAAAAGAAUUUCCCAUCCAGGAGUUAAUGUGAAGUUGAAUUCAUCAUCAGCACCAGAGAAGGGGCAUUUUGUCAUCUACACAACUGAUGGAGGCCGUUUCACGAUUCCCUUGCAGUGUCUCCAUAGCAACAUCUUUCAAGAGCUCUUCAAGAUGUCUAAAGAAGAGUUUGGUUUGUCGGGGGACGGUCCUAUCACCAUGCCCUGCAAUGCGGCUUCCAUGGAGUACAUAGUAUUGCUUGUCCGAAGAUGCAUAGCCAAAGACAUAGAGAAAGCUUUGCUCAACUCUAUUGCAUUCAGUCCAUGCUCGUUGGCUGCUGUUGUGCAUAGCAAAUGUGUGGAUCAGCAAGUUCUUUUUCUUGGUCAGUGA